CAAAAAUUCAGACUAAAUGACCGUAAUUAAAAAUAUGGAUUUGAUUACGACAAUUGAGGACGAUGCAGAGGUUGAGAACCUAUCAGAAGAUUCCGAUGCCGAGGUUGAGUACCAACCCACGAAACUAAAACAAAGGAAAAUUACGGAAUUUGAAAAGGGAUUUGAAUUCGUAUCUUCGGUAAAGGAAUAUAAUAAAGAUACCUGGGAUGAUUUGAUGAAAUAUGUAAAACGGAAGGCACGUACAAAAACGGAUGACAAAAUUGCGGAACGCUUAAGAAAACGUGGAGACGGCAGCAGUCAUGAAGUACAUAAUGAUGAUGAUAGCGAUGAGGAACUUGAUAUCUCCGAAGAUGAGCUGAAACAUGACAAUCUUCGAUUGAGGGAGAAAAAACAAAUAAAAAAGAAGAAGAAACAUGCGGACAGUGACGAGGAGGAUAGUGAAAAUGAGGAUGAGAAGAUGAAAUUUGAAGAAGCCAUCGAUUCGAAUGAGGCUAUCACUUCGUUUUACCAAAUGAAUCUUUCCAGGCCCCUAAUGAGAGCUAUUGGCGUAUUGGGUUAUAUAUAUCCAACGCCAAUCCAAGCUUCAACGAUCCCUGUUGCUUUACUUGGACGAGAUAUCUGUGGCUGUGCUGCCACGGGUACGGGUAAAACUGCGGCGUAUAUGUUACCCACAUUGGAGCGUCUCUUAUACCGUCCAAUGAACAAUAAGACGGUUACUAGAGUUCUAGUGUUGGUGCCAACACGUGAGUUGGGUGCUCAGGUGUACCAAGUGACUAAGCAACUGUGUCAGUUUACAAACAUAGAUGCAGGUUUAGCUAUUGGUGGUUUAGAUGUCAAGGCCCAGGAAAUUGUUCUGAGACAGAAUCCAGAUAUAGUGAUUGCCACACCUGGUCGUUUAAUUGAUCACAUUAAAAACACGCCAAGCUUUACUUUGGACUCCAUUGAGGUUCUUAUUCUCGACGAAGCCGAUCGAAUGUUGGAUGAAUAUUUUGCCGAACAGAUGAAAGAAAUUAUUAAUUCAUGCUCAAAAACCAGACAAACAAUGCUUUUUUCUGCAACAAUGAGCGAGAAAGUUAAGGAUUUGGCCGCUGUAUCCCUCAACAAACCUAUCAAAGUUUUUGUCAACAACAAUCAACAAGUUGCAUUCAAUUUGCGCCAAGAGUUCAUUCGUAUUCGCGAGGACAAGGAAGGCGACCGCGAGCCGAUUUUGGCCAGUCUUAUAUGCCGUACAUUUCAUGACCAUUGUAUGGUUUUUGUGCAGACGAAAAAGCAAGCUCAUAGACUUCACAUACUGCUUGGCUUACUUGGUAUACGUGCCGGCGAACUGCAUGGAAACUUAACACAGCAACAACGUUUGGAAUCACUAAAGAAGUUCAAAGAUGAGCAAAUCGACGUUCUUAUUGCUACCGAUGUGGCUGCCAGAGGCCUGGAUAUUGUUGGUGUUAAGACUGUCAUCAAUUUUGUAAUGCCAAUAACUACAGAACAUUACAUUCAUCGAGUUGGUAGAACUGCUCGGGCUGGUAGAGCUGGUAUUUCGGUAUCAUUGGCGGGUGAAAAAGAAAGGAAAAUCGUCAAAGACAUUAUAAAAAACGCUGAAGGAUCUAUCAAGAAUCGCAUAAUUCCUCCCGAGAUCAUAGAAAAAUAUAGGAAAAAGUUGAUAGCCCUGGAACCGGAGAUACAAAACAUAUUAGAUGAAGAGCAAGCUGAGCGGCAACUUGCCAAAAUGGAACAACAAUUGUCAAAAACUGAGCGGAAGUUGCUGGGCAAUUCUAAUGGUGAACAUCGAGACUGGUUCCAAACGAAGAAACAGCGCGAAGAAGAGAAGGAACGGUUAGCUCUGGAUUCUACUGGCGGAAAAUCGGAAAAGCCAAAGAAAUCACAAAAACGCGAAUAUGGCGGUGACGGCGAAGAUGGUCCACCAGUUAAGGAUUUAGCUGUCAAAAAGAAAAAGAAAGAGGAGCCCAAAAAGAAAACCCCUGAACAACUUGCUAAGGAAAGAGCAAUGAAAGAAAUUGAAAAAGUGUCUUUAGUCAGGGCAAAGAUAUCAAAGUUACGAAAACGCCCCGGUAAAUUGAGCGCCGUGUCCGAUGCCCCCGCCAAUAAAAAUAACUCAUCGAGCAACUCCAAUAAGCGAGGAGGUAACCAUUCGGCGUUUACUAACGAUUUAACUGAUAUAAGUCGUAGUGGUGCAUUGCGCCUACGAUCAGAAGCAAACCGCCAUAAGAAGAUGAACAAGAUUACAGCCAAAAAGAAGACCAGCAACGUCAAACUAAUUAAUAAGGCGGGCAAAAAUAAGUUCAAUAAAGGAAAAAGCUUUGGAGCGCCCCGCUUUACGAAAAAGGACAAAGGCAAGAAAAAAUAG